ACGUCCGCUUACUAGCUGCUAAUGCUAACAAACACGGCAAAUGAGAUGUGGGGGAGAAAAAAAAUGACCUUAUAUAUGUACCAAACUGUGGAUAAGAUUAGAGAACUGUGAACAUGCCCCUCACUGAAAAUUUAUUUGUCUAAAAAUAAGUUCAAAUAGUUCCUGUCGGCUAUGGCGUUUCCUCAACCCAAACCUGAGCCUCCUCAGCUUCCUCAGCAUCUUCUGAAGACCAUUGACUGUAAGCAGGGAGCAGUCAGAGCCGUCCGCUUCAAUGUUGAUGGAAACUACCUGAUGUCCUGUGGCAGUGACAAAUCUCUAAAGUUAUGGAGUGUUGGCCGAGGGACGUUGCUGAAGACGUACAGUGGGCAUGGAUAUGAGGUUCUGGAUGCUGAUAGUUCCUAUGACAACAGUCAGCUUUGCUCCUGUAGUUCUGAUAAAACAGUGAUCCUGUGGGAUGUUGCGUCCGGCCAAGUCACACGCAAGCUCAGAGGACAUGCUGGGAAAGUUAACUGUGUGCAGUUUAAUGAGGAGGCAACGGUCAUAUUAUCAGGCUCCAUAGAUGGGACGGUGAGAUGCUGGGACACCAGAUCCAGAAAAAAUGAGCCCAUCCAGGUUCUAGAUGAGGCACGCGACAGCAUUAGUAGCCUUAAAGUUUCACAACAUGAGCUACUCACUGGGUCGGUGGAUGGCAGAGUGAGGCGUUAUGACCUCAGGAUGGGACAGCUUCACGUUGACUUCAUCAGCAGUCCCAUUACAUGUGUGUGCUUCAGUCAGGACGGGCAGUGCACCCUGAGCUCCAGUUUAGAUUCAACAGUUCGACUUUUGGACAAGAGCACCGGAGAAAUGCUUGGAGAAUAUACUGGACACAAGAUGAAGGGCUACAAGUUAGACUGCUGUCUGUCCAGUAAGGACACCCAUGUCCUGAGCUGCUCAGAGGACGGACACGUGUAUUGCUGGGACCUGGUGGAAGGAUCUUUAUCAUUAAAGUUGCCGGUGGGAAAAGCAGUCGUCCAGUCGCUGUCUUUCCACCCCACAGAGACCCGCCUCCUCACUGCAAUGGAGGGCCGGGUUCAGGUGUGGGGGGUACAACCAGAGGAGGCAGAGGAAGACAUCCAGGCCAGUUAGAAAUUAUGAAUGGAAUUCACUGGAAGCCUUUGCAGGCAAAAUUCCUUUCUGUUAAAAAUGUGACGUCUUGCUGUAAAAGAAAUUAAAUAUUUUAUCUUGAGAUAUUGAA